AUGAGCGGUAUGAGACUGCGCGACAGCAUCCGCGCGCCGCUGCGAUAUGGCGAAGACGAAUACGAAACACCAUCACGGAUCUCGCUGCGCCACGGAUACGAUGACUCCUUUGACGACUCCAUAGAGCUUGGGGAAUCAGGCAGACCACGCCCACAAAAGAGGCGCAGGCCAAACACUGUGCCAUUCAACCCCAACCUACCACCAGCUGCGUUUCCCAGUUUGAGCAGACCACAGCCAGGUCGUGACCGCACCACCUCCGUGCAGAAUCGCGGCAUUGGCGACAGUCAACAGAACACACCGGCAAGCGAAGUGGCACAUCCUCUCCGCAAUGCUUGGUCAACGUCAACCGUUCCGUCGUCUCAAUCUGGGAUAGAACAAGUCCCGAUCGACCAGCUCGAUAAUCAUGUCGCCAGUAACAACAUGGACAAUCCGGUGUAUGCGAGGAACGUAAACAUGGCGCGUAUGACUCGUGUUGAUGUUCCCCCAGGUUCCGAGGACAUGGUCACCUCUCCGGAUAGUGAUGAUGGCGCACUGCCAGAUGCGACUCAGGUGCUCCUUGAUACGAUCCCCAACCCCAAAUGGAGUGAUCUGCACAAGGCUAUGCAAGUGGAGAUCAUCGAAAACACAAUGAAACACCAUAGCUGGAGACGUAUUUGCGACCUUCUUGGUCUUGGGCCAGACGAGCGACAACAGCUCAUGCAGGUCAUAAGCAUUCGCAAUAAACAGAUCCAACGGGAGAACAACAGACUGGAGCAAAUGCGGCACAAACAGCGCGAGGUACUCAUGAGACUUGACAACAGCGACUUGAAGCGUUUCAGGCCGCCGCCUCAACUGGUGCUGCAAAAGAUCGCUCGAGAUACCAAUCGGAACCUGUUGGUCACCGAGUACACGGACCUAUUGAUGUGCCAAGCUCACGAGGUCCUGAAAGCCAGACAGUUCUUGCACCAGCACGGGCUACCUCGAAGAUAUGCUGGCGAUUGGGGAGACAGCCUGGUGGUGCUGCAGGAAUCCGAGGAAAGCUCCCAUGAACCCGACAAGUUCGAAUGGAAAGACAACCUGAGAUUCACCCCGCCUCCUAGUGAGAUUGAGACGCCAAUCAAUCCCUUUCUGGACCCAACCAGUAGUGCCAAGAGUACAUUCAUUCAAAGCAUUGGUACGAACGGCACAAUAAAUCCCAAGGAUUUAGUUCAACACAACACUGACCCGAGUCCCAUGAUGGACUGGGGAAAGUAUUAUGAACGGAAUCCAGACUUGUCGUGGAACACCACAAGGCCCCGACUCGGUGGAAUGGUCAAGGUGAAUAUCGGUCCACACAACGCCGCGCGGAUCCAACAAUACAAGCAAGCCGGUGUCAACCCCCAGAUAUUGUCCUCUCAGAGACAAGUGCCCGCCAUGCCAGAGUCACCUCCGCCGGAGUUCCCACCAGAAACACCGUCCAAGGGCCCACGGAAUGGGAGUCUCGCCCAGCCCAUUUUCAAGAAACCUGCUAGACCAUUUAGCAGAGUCCUCACUGGAAACCGGCCUUCAGGAGGUUUCAACCCAACGGAGAGUCAGCUCAAGUAUCAACGAAGCAUACAGCAAGCCAAGCUGGAGAAAAUAGAGGCUGAGGCAGAGGCGCUGCGCCGUCGGUACAACUACCAGCCAGCUCUCCAGGUUAAUGGCGUUGGUGUUGGAAUCAGUCCCGCACGUGGAAACCUUCAGACGCUUCCCCUGACCCAGCCAGUUGAAGAAAACAUGCCUUCGAAUUUUUUCGCCCGGGCGUACCGUGGAAUGACAACGAUGAACGUUGACCGCCUCAUGGAUGAAUUUGUCUGUUUUGAGCCUAUUGUGAUGCCCGAAGAAAGUGAGCCCGAGCUGCCCGAGGAAGAACCACCUGAUGAGCAACCAAGUUCCACUGAUAUCAGCUCGAUCACUGAGGUGUCCAUGGAUGAUGUGAUGCUGGUGCCGACGGAUGGCUGUUCCUCUUCGCAGUAG